CUUUCAUGGAUAUGGAACUCACACUCUCACCCCCAACCCCAGAAUAUCGACCGCCACUGGGCCCGCUGGCAACACCACCACCUCCACAUCGCACACACGUACGAAGGCUACCCGGACUCCAACAACGCCACCGUAGACGACAUGAUGCAUUACUCGGGGAUGUACCCGGACGUUCCGGUCCGGUACGCGCUCCGAUACGGGAAUGAAAGCAACGGCUAUGACGAGGAAGGGGACGUUUUGCCGGAUGCGGAGUUGUUGGUGAGUUGAUUGGCGGUCGGGUUUUGUAUUUCGAGUGUUGGUAUUGAUGUCUUUCGAUUGGCAGUGCUAUAGAUACUCCAACUCGAUCGUUCCGGAUGUCGUUAUUACCGACCCGAGGUUGUUGAAACCGAUAUGGGAUGUGCCGACUUCGAAUGAUGAUGUUGAGGAGUUGGAAGGGCUAGGUCGGGAUCGUUGGCAGGGGCAAGAAAUUCAAGGCAGCGAUGAUGAGGGGUGGGAUGAUGGACGUCGAGGUGGGGAAGAUGAAGAUCCCGAGCAGGGUUGGGCGGGGGGUCAAGGACCUGGACGUCAAGACGACGAUGAAUGGCAAGACGGCAGCCGGACCUCCAACUCCGAUACGGACGCAUCUCGUAAACGGAGGCGCCGACCUCAACAAGCCGACGAUCAAUGGCAAGAUGAAGACCGACGUCGAGGCUCGCAACGCUUAUCCGCAUCCCGCGACUGGCGAGCCAACCUCAAUCUCGCAGCCUUCCCUUCCCCACGCGACGAUCAAUCGCGCCCAAACCAAAGCGGCCGUCCAGCUCCCGGUUUGGACGGAUCCCCACCCUGGAUGCAGGGAUCGGGACAGCCUGGUGAUGAUCAACGGCAACAGCAACAGGAACAAGAGCAGAGUGGCGGUAGAGACCCUUUCUUCGCAUCGGGCAACUGGGGCCAAGGUCAAAGUGAUAAUCAAUGGCAGGACGGCCGGGGAGGCGCGGAGCCCAACUGGACGCCUAGCUCGCAACGUCCAAGCAACAACGACCAGUGGGAUCCGACCAACAGACCGAUGGGCGGGAAUAACGACGUACCUCCCCGCGGCGGCUCGAAUGACAGUCGCGGUGGCACCCCGCAGGACGCACCGCCUCGUAGGCCCGACGGCGGCUCGAACGACGGUAGCCGAAACCCAAGCAAUACCCCGAAUACGUCCCGCGCUCCGCCCCACACCGGCCCAAGCAACGGCGGAGCACCCACACCCAGCCAAGGUCAACCCGCCUCCACCAACCCCAACGCCAACCCAUCAACCCCAAAGGACCCCAACUUCACCCCCCUCCCCUUCACCAACGGCCUCCGCCGCCGCGCAUCUUCUUCCUUCGUCAUCGGGGACGUCAUGCAGAUGUACCGGGAAAAGAAACUGCGUUCAUCAUCCGCAAACACGGCAAGUGUUGAGAAGCGUGGCGAGCACAGGUAUUUCGCGGGAUAUGGCGCGCAUGGACAUCCGACGAAUAAACACACGCCGCAUGCGUUGGAUCGGAGCGAUUACUUCAAUUUGAGGCAUCAUGGGGAGGUUUCGCGACAGGUGCGUUUUGAGGCGACAUAUACUCGAUGAUGUUUGAUAGCUGCUUGCUGAUUGAACCGCAUUGGAUGCCAUGUUUUAUUUCUAGACGAUGGAAUCGCAACACUAUAAUGAGGAGCAGAUCGCCGCCGUCCGCGAGAAGGAGGAGUUCUUUCGCGAUUUCGUGGAUGAGGUCAACAAAGGUAACGGUCUCCAUCUCCAGACAUUUCAUCAUCGCAAAAACUCAUCGUUUCUUUCGCAAAAAGUCCCAGAUUUCGUCUCAACCUGCGCCCUCCGCAACACGCAAUUCCUGAGAUACCGCCCAGCCACUGAUGAGGAUGUGGAGAGGUUGUCGACGGUCAG